AGAGACGUCAUAUCGCUGUCGCCAAAGUCGAGGAAGCAGACAUCAAUAAGCAAAGGCUGAGAAAUACGAACUAAAACAUGCCAGCCGCAGUGCUCCCAGACCCACCUACGAUCCCGAGAUGGAAGCGACCAGGCAAAACUACUGAGAAUCUCGACUGGGCAGAUAUCAAGAUCAUCGACCUGUCGACAUUCGAUGAGCCCGGGGGUAAGCAGAAACUCGCAGAAGAACUACGAGAUGCUGUACACCACACGGGCUUCUUCAGUAUUACUGGGACUGGAUUUACUCAAGAACAAGUAAAUCGUCAGUAUGAUAUUGGUCAGGCUUAUCUGAAUCUUCCGCUCGAAGAAAAAGGAGACCUGAAGUAUCGAUGUGACUUUGGACAAGGAAACUACUUUGGGUAUCGAGCAGCCCAUGAGAAGACAGUGAUGGGUACUGAUGUCCUGGACAACGUUGAAUCAGUCAACAUCCCCAAACUCAUACACUCCAAUUCACACGAACCUUUCCAUCCCUUCCUCCGCCAAUUUCACUCAGAAAUCGAAGAAUUCUCGCGACGCUCGCUCGAAUUAGCAUCCAAAGUCUUCACACUGUUCUCCAUCAUCCUUGAGCUCCCAGAGGACUACUUCUCAAAGCAGCACCUAUACGACGAUCAAUCCGAAGACCACCUACGCUACAUGAUCUACCAUCCACGAUCCGCCUCGGAAGAUGUGAAAGUGCAAAACACAUGGUCCCGCGCACACACUGACUUCGGCUCUCUCACAAUCCUCUGGUCGCAGAACGUUGCCGGCCUGCAACUCAAAACGCCAGCUGGAGAGUGGAAAUACGUUCUCCCGGUCGACAACGGAAUCAUCUGCAAUGUAGGCGAUACGUUAGAUUUCUGGUCUGCAGGAUAUCUCAAAUCUACUGUUCAUCGCGUGCAAAGACCCCCGGAAGAUCAGGCGCAUAUCCACCGCUUGGGACUGUUUUACUUUGUCCGACCGGGAAAUGAAGUGGAUAUCAAGCCCGCACCGUCACCGUUGUUGAAGCGCUUGGGGCUUGUGAAAGAAGAUCGAGAGGGGGAAGAACCGGUUAGGGGAUUGCAAUAUGUCAGGGAGAGGGUGAAGAACUACCAUGAUCACAACGAUUAUGCGGACAUGAAGGGGAAGACGUUCAAAGUUGGGAAUCUGGAGAUUGAAGAUGAGGCCGCGUAAGUCGCGGAAAAUCUCGUGUUACAACUUGGUGAUGGCCAUGGUGCCACUGCGGUCGACCUAUCAGAAAAGUAUCAGAUCGAAUAUUGAAAACCAACACACAAACGACUUACAACGACAAGAUAGCAAAGAGAAUAGAGGUAUAUCCAAGUCGAAGUCAGACUUCAGUGCCUGCUCCAAACACUAGGUUUUCUUCCAGUAUGACGAUGAAGUGUGAUAAUAUAAGCU